GAGGCAGAAGCGUGACUGAAGGGGGACGAAAGAAGAAAUAACUCCUUUACCGACGGAGUGUACCACGGUGGAGAGACUAUGAACAUGCAAGUAGUUAGCCAGAACUGCGUCUUCAAGAGGAAGGAGGAUUCGUAAAUCUUUAGAAGAGAUUUGCUCCUUAUUCAAGGAAUUAUAUUAAAGACAUUUUUGUUAACCCAGGAUUAUUCUACCGCGUGGUGCACUCUUAGUAGCUAAAGAAGAGGACUCCUUAGCUCCGUUGUAAUUCUGAUUUACUUGGAAGGUUGGUUGGCUUCUCGACGUUUUGAAAAGUGGAUUUUUACCUUACCAGCUGCGGAAGGGGGUGACCGAACGAAGUUGUUUCGGUGCGAGCAGAGAAACAGUCUCCAGACCCCACCUCAACACCAUUCAGCUACAGAGGCCAAGCCCCCUCAAGACCUCUUCUGUUGUUUCCGAUGGUGUUGAAUCACCCUCUGUUUUCAGGUGUCUGUGUUUGAUCGUGUGAGGUGAGGUGUCUGUCUUCGUUGAGGAGAACGAGGAGGAGUCACUUUGUGUCUUCGUUGAGGGGAGCGAGGAGUCGCCGCUUUGUGUCUUCGUUGAGGGGAGCGAGGAGGAGGAGUCGCUGUGCCAACCUGGACCAUCAUGGUGCCAAACAUUCACCCUGCAGUUCCCCUCCUGCCCAGGGGGGCGGUGCCAUCCCUCCUGCUGCUACUCAGCUGCCUGGUACUCUCCACUCAGGCUGACAGCUUACCAAGUUUCGUCAAGUCUCCCGAGGACCAGACGGGUAUAUCGGGUGGUGUAGCAUCCUUCGUGUGCCAGGCCACAGGAGACCCCAAACCCAGGAUCACUUGGAUGAAGAAGGGCAAGAAAGUCAGUUCCCAGCGCUUUGAGGUGAUUGACUUUGAUGACGGUUGUGGGUCUGUGCUGAGGAUCCAGCCGCUGAGGACACACAGAGACGAGGCAAUAUACGAGUGUACUGCCGCCAACAGUGGCGGCGAGAUCAACACUAGCGCCAAACUCACCGUGCUAGAAGAGAACCAGAUCCCUCAUGGGUUCCCCAACAUAGACAUGGGUCCCCAGCUUAAGGUGGUAGAGAAGACCAGGACGGCCACCAUGCUGUGUGCUGCCAGCGGCAACCCUGACCCAGAGAUCACCUGGUUUAAAGACUUCCUGCCUGUAGACAUCAACAGCAGCAACGGACGAAUCAAACAACUCCGCUCAGGAGCCCUACAGAUUGAGAACAGUGAGGAGUCAGACCAGGGGAAGUAUGAGUGUGUUGCCAUGAACAACGCUGGAACACGCUACGCAGCCCCAGCCAAUCUCUACGUGCGAGUACGUCGUGUCCCUCCGCGGUUCUCCAUCCCACCCACCAACCACGAGGUGAUGCCUGGGGGCAGUGUGAACCUGACGUGUGUUGCUGUAGGAUCUCCCAUGCCCUAUGUCAAGUGGAUCAUGGGAGAAAUCGAACUCACCAAGGAGGAUGAGAUGCCCAUCGGUCGGAAUGUUCUGGAGGUGACCAACAUCAAGGAGUCCGCCAACUACAGCUGCGUGGCCAUAUCAUCACUGGGCCAGAUCGAGGCUACCGCUCAGGUCUCCGUCAAAGCCCUCCCCAAGCCCCCCACCUCUCUCAUAGUGACUGAGACCACAGCCACCAGUGUGACCCUAAUCUGGGACUCUGGGAACGCUGAACCUGUGUCCUUCUUCAUGAUCCAGUACCGGGCUAAAGCCACCGACGCAGGCUUCCAGGAGGUGGACGGAGUAGCUACCACUCGGUACAGCAUCGGCGGGCUCAGCCCCUACUCGGAAUACGAGUUCCGUGUGAUGGCGGUGAACAACAUUGGGCGUGGGCCGCCCUCUGACCCGGUAGAGACCCGUACGGGGGAGCAGGCUCCCUCUUCACCCCCUCUGGCUGUCCAGGUCCGCAUGCUGUCUGCUUCCACCAUGUUGGUCCAAUGGGAACCGCCCGAGGAACCUAACGGACAGAUCAGAGGGUACCGUGUGUACUACAGUUCAGACAUGAACAACCCUCUGAGUGGCUGGCAGAAACACAACACUGACGACAGCAGACUGACCACCAUCUCAGGGCUGACCACUGAUAUCACCUACAGCCUCAGGGUGCUGGGGUUCACCUCUGUAGGGGACGGACCUCCCUCUGAUGUACUGCAGGUCAAGACUCAGCAGGGAGUUCCUGCCCAACCAUCCAGCUUCGAGGCAGAAGCAGAGUUGGAUACUCGUAUCAUGUUGACCUGGCUGUGGCCUGUCCAGGACACCAUCACUAAGUACGAGCUACAGUACUGGGAGGCUAACUCUGACAACAAGAUCCACGUGACUUUUAAUCCUGCGGGGUCAUACGCCGUGGAGGGUCUGAAGCCCGACACCCUGUACCGUUUCUCCCUGGCAGCCCGUUCCGAGUUCGGCCUGGGAGUCUACACACAGCCCAUAGAGGCUCGCACCGCCCAGUCCACCCCCUCCGCCCCCCCUCAGGAGGUGCACCUGUCCAGUCUAAGCUCCACCUCCCUCAAGGUGAGUUGGGUGGCUCCGCCCGCUGCGUCCCGCCACGGCGCCAUCGUGGCGUACACCGUCAGCUACCAGUCCACCGGCAGCGCCAGCGAGGACCCCGAGCGCCACGAUGUGUCGGGGAUCGGAGCAGACGCCUCUAGUUAUGUGCUGGAGGGCCUGGAGAAGUGGACAGAGUACCAGGUGUGGGUUAGAGCUCACACUGAUGUGGGCCCGGGCCCAGAGAGCGCUCCGGUCAGGAUCAAAACUAAAGAGGACGUGCCAGGUGCCCCUCCCAGGAAGCUGGAGGUAGAAGCUGUGAACUCUACAGCCAUCAGGGUAACGUGGAAGGCCCCCCUGCCAGGGAAGCAGCACGGCCAAAUCAGGGGCUACCAGGUCAUCUUCUCCAGGCUGGAGAACGGGGAGCCACGCGGUCAGCCCAACAUCAUGGACGUAGCCCUGCCUGAGGCUCAGUGGAAUAUUGAGGAGUCCACAGAGUAUGAGGCCACCAUCACUGGUCUGCACUCCGAGACCACCUACUCUGUUACCGUGGCAGCCUACACAACCAAGGGAGACGGGGCGCGCAGCAAAGCUAAAGUCAUCACCACCACCGGAGCAGUCCCGGGUCGCCCCACCAUGAUGAUCAGCACCACUAACAGUGACACCGCCCUGAUCCAGUGGCAGCCUCCUAAAGACAUGGUGGGAGAAAUGAUGGGCUAUCAGCUGCAGUACAGACUCCGAGAGGACACGGCUUACACCUCACGGGAAUUCAAACGGACGGUCGACCACCACACCGUCACCGGACUUCUCAAGGGCGCCACCUACGUGUUCCGGCUGAGUGCGUUGAACCGCGCCGGUACCGGAGAGGCCUAUGUCAAGGAGAUCAGCACGCAAGAAGAUGUGCCCAGCGGGUACCCCUUAAAACUCUGCGUGACAGGGUUGACCACGUCGACCACCCAGCUGGCGUGGGAUCCUCCAGCGCUGUCUGAGAGGAACGGGAAGAUAUUGCAGUAUGUUGUGGUGUACAGAGACAUCAACAGCCACACCAACAGCACCAACAGGACGGUGGACACACACAUGACCAUACAGGGACUGAAACAUGACACCACCUAUGACAUCAGAGUCCAGGCGUUCACCAGUAGAGGAGGGGGACCCUUCAGUCCUAGUAUACAGAGCAGGACAACAUCUACCUCACCUGCGUUUGCCACAAGCUUCGGCGUCAAAGCCGUCAUGAAAACAUCAGUCUUGCUCACGUGGGAAGUGCCAGAAAACUACAAGUCCCAAGUGCCUUUCAAGAUCCUGUAUAACCAGCAGAGUGUGGAGGUACAGGGGAACCUGAAGAGGAAGUUGAUCACCCGACUACAGCCUGAUACAGACUACAGCUUUGUGUUGAUGUCCAGAGGAAACACUGCCGGCGGUCUUCAGCAGCAGGUGUCCAUCAGGACCGCCCCAGACCUCCUGAAGACUAAACCUGUCCUCUACUCUACUCAGCACAACCAGGAGGGGAAGCUCACUAUAGACCUGCCUAAAGUACAGCCUACUAGUCAAGUCAGAUGGUACUACAUCGUGGUGGUGCCUGUGUCCCCGUCGUCGUCACGGCGAUGGGAGAACCCCGACGAGAUGGACCUGGAGGAGCUGUUGGAGUCUGGCGAGGGUCCUGUCCUGCGUCGCAAGCGCCAGGUCGAGCCCACGCGGCCGUACAUCGCCGCCAAGCUGCCCUCCCUGCCCGCUACGUUCACCCUGGGAGAUGAGAAGAAUUACAACGGCUUCUACAACCGUCCCCUGCCGGGUCACCAGCGCUACCUGGCCUUCAUACUGGCUGCACUGAAGGAGCAAGACACGGACAACAGUGACAAACAUAGAAGGUUCUCAGCCAGUCCUUACUCCGACCCCAUCCACGUGUCUCCUGACGUGUCCAGGACUGCAGAGCAGCCAGAGAUGUUGUGGGUCCUGGGUCCUGUCCUGGCCGUGGUGCUCAUCAUCGUCAUCGUUAUCGCCAUCUUGCUCUUCAAGAGCAAGCAGGAAAGGAAGCGAGCAUCUCCCCUCCCCAAAGAUGACCACUCAGGAGGGGUGAAGGACUCACUGCUGGGCAACUCUUCCGACCCUGUAGAGAUGAGACGACUCAACUACCAGACACCAGGAAUGAGAGAGCACCCUCCCAUCACUGUGUGUGAUCUGGCGGACCACAUAGACAGGCUAAAGGCCAACGAUGGCCUGCGCUUCUCGCAGGAGUACGAGUCCAUAGAUCCUGCCCAGCAGUUCACCUGGGAGAAUUCCAACAUGGAGGUGAACAAACCAAAGAACCGCUAUGCUAAUGUCAUCUCAUACGACCACUCCAGAGUCGUCCUGACGUCUGUUGAUGCUGUUCCUGGUAGUGACUACAUCAACGCCAACUACAUAGACGGCUACAGGAAACAGAAUGCCUACAUCGCUACGCAGGGCCCUCUUCCCGAGACCCUCAGUGACUUCUGGAGGAUGGUGUGGGAGCAGAGGGCUCACACUAUCGUCAUGAUGACACGACUAGAGGAGAAGUCACGUGUGAAGUGUGACCAGUACUGGCCUGUCAGAGGGACAGAGACCUAUGGUAUGAUACAGGUCAGCAUGUUGGAUACUGUGGAGCUGGCUACCUACAGCGUACGCACCUUCGCUCUCUACAAGAAUGGUUCCAGUGAGAAGCGUGAGAUUCGUCAGUUCCAGUUCAUGGCCUGGCCGGACCACGGGGUACCAGAGUACCCCACCCCUAUCCUGGCCUUCCUACGACGGGUCAAAGCCUGCAACCCCCCUGACGCUGGGCCCAUGGUGGUACACUGCAGUGCGGGCGUGGGUAGAACAGGCUGCCUGAUCGUGAUCGAGGCCAUGCUGGAGCGUAUGAAGCAUGAGAAGUCGGUGGAUAUCUACGGUCAUGUGACGUGUAUGAGAGCUCAGAGGAACUACAUGGUGCAGACUGAGGACCAAUAUGUCUUUAUCCACGAGGCCCUGCUAGAGGCAGCCACCUGUGGCCUCACUGAGGUCCCCGCACGCAAUCUGUACGCACACAUCCAGAAACUCACCCAGCCGCCCACAGGGGAGACCGUCACCGCCAUGGAGCUGGAGUUUAAGAGACUGGCUAACUCCAAAGCCCACACCUCCAGGUUCAUCAGUGCCAACCUGCCCUGCAAUAAGUUCAAGAACCGGCUGGUGAAUAUCAUGCCCUUCGAGUCGACACGCGUGUGUCUGCAGCCUAUCAGAGGAGUGGAGGGGUCAGACUACAUCAACGCCAGCUGCAUCGAUGGGUACAGACAACAGAAAGGGUAUCUGGCCACCCAGGGCCCUCUGGCUGAAACCACUGAAGACUUCUGGAGGAUGCUGUGGGAACAUAACUCUACCAUAGUAGUGAUGCUCACCAAACUCAGAGAGAUGGGCCGGGAGAAGUGUCACCAGUACUGGCCAGCGGAGCGUUCAGCCAGGUACCAGUACUUUGUAGUGGACCCCAUGGCUGAGUACAACAUGCCCCAGUACAUCCUCCGAGAGUUCAAAGUCACCGACGCCAGGGAUGGCCAAUCCAGGACGAUCCGCCAAUUCCAGUUCACUGAUUGGCCAGAACAAGGAGUGCCAAAAACCGGGGAAGGAUUCAUCGAUUUCAUUGGCCAAGUGCAUAAAACCAAGGAGCAGUUUGGACAGGACGGACCAAUCACUGUUCACUGCAGUGCCGGGGUGGGCAGGACAGGGGUCUUCAUCACUCUGAGUAUCGUGUUGGAGAGGAUGAGGUACGAAGGGGUGGUGGACCUAUUCCAGACCGUCAAGACGUUACGCACCCAGAGACCUGCCAUGGUGCAGACAGAGGACCAGUAUCAGCUGUGCUACAGAGCAGCUUUGGAGUACCUGGGGAGUUUUGACCACUAUGCAACGUAACCACUCUGACCUGAGCAGCCUCUGGCAUGGCCACUGAGUGUCCCAUCUCAGCCACUGUACUUGUAUCAACCCAUCUGACCUGACCCUGCCAUUGCUACCCUAUCACAGGGGAGGAGGGCGGUGCCACUGUCACCUAGCGACGGGUUCAACCAAUCCCAGAGGUCUACUACUCGGAUUUACAACAAACAAACAAAAAAAAACAAAAAAAAACACCCUAAA